AUGGCAGUUGCCUUUGGAGUUUUCAUUGGUAUUUCCCUUCCAUCUUUGCAUUUGUCUAAGAUUAACUUUUCUCCAGCGCCCUUAGGAAAUUCUUUUGAUGUAUCAAUAGCUGAAAUAGAAAGAUUUAUCGCUGAUCUAGAAAAAGCUCAAUCUAUUAGUGAAUCUUAUGGAACCAAGCGUAUUGAAUUCCUAGGGUCCAUGAGAUUACCAAAGAUGUAUGUUUCAACCAAUCCUACCGGAGCAGAAUCACUACCCGCAGGAAUUGUUGUAUCAAAAUCUGAUUUUUAUUUGCGCAGACUAUGGGGUGAGCCUAGUGAGGAUCUGAAGAAAAAGCCAAAGUAUUUAGUAACAUUCACGGUUGGAUAUGGUCAGAGAAAAAAUAUUGAUGCCGCGGUCAAAAAGUUCUCCGAUGAAUUUGCGAUUUUGCUCUUUCAUUAUGAUGGACGGACAACUGAAUGGGAUCAAUACGAAUGGUCAAAGAAUGUAAUCCAUAUUAGUGCUCGGAAACAAACCAAAUGGUGGUAUGCUAAAAGGUUUUUACACCCUGAUAUUGUGUCAGCGUAUGAAUACAUCUUUAUAUGGGAUGAAGAUCUUGGAUUGGAACACUUCAAUGGAGACAAGUAUAUUAAAUUGGUUGAAAAACAUGGGUUGGAGAUAUCACAACCUGGAUUAGGGGCUAAUAGUGGAUUCACGUGGGAGAUGACAAAGAAGAUGGAUGAUGGAGAAGUUCACAAAUAUACAGAAGAGAGACCAGGCUGGUGUAAUGAUCAAGAUUUGCCUCCUUGUGCCGCAUUUGUGGAAAUUAUGGCCCCCGUCUUUUCUCGAAAAGCAUGGCGCUGCGUCUGGCAUAUGAUUCAGAAUGAUUUAGUGCAUGGAUGGGGAUUAGAUUUCGCUCUCAGAAGAUGUGCACAGCCAGCACAUGAAAAAAUUGGCGUUGUUGAUGAACAAUGGAUUGUUCAUCAAACAAUUCCAACUCUUGGAGACCAGGGACAAUCUGAUCAUGGAAAAGAUAAAUAUGAUGCGGUCAAAACGAGAUGCAAGGGUGAGUGGGCAGAAUUUCAAACUCGCCUCACCAAUGCUGAUAUAGGGUAUCUUAAAGGACUCAGACAAAGUAUGAGGAGUUAA